GCUUGAAUUGCUUCAGCUCGCGGACUACUGUGGAGGCCGAGUCGGAACUGGAGGAGGCGUCCAAGCUGGUGGAACGCGCUUUCAACCGUAUCCAGAAAUCGGACAGCAGACGCGAACGCGUGCAACAGGCCAUCAAGGACACGCGUGCCGGCAAGAAGCAGGAGAUGGAGUCGCACCUUCAGUGGCUCAUGCAGGAAAAGUCCCGACUGGAACGAGAACUCAACGUGGUGGACAAGCAGCUCGAGGAAAAGAGGAUGCGGCUAACGGAGCGAACAGCCUAGCGCUUAGACUUCCGAUGAUUGUCCAGUAGUAUAACGUUGAGUAGACGAGUUUUUCCA